CUCCUAGCCGCUGGUAGCUCCUCCAAAGGUUGGUCGUGUAUAACCUGCAUAACAAGAUUAGCCCGCCGCCGGGUCCCUCCUCAGCCGCAUACAGUAACAGUCAAUAUUUGGGAGGUCUGCCCCUUGUCCAUCUGCUAAAUUGUAGACCAGGGAAUAUCGGCUCUUCAUGGAAAUCUCCGGGAGGUGCACCCGGGGAGAUGGCAUCCGACAGUGAGGUGAAGAUGUUGCUCAAUUUCGUGAACCUGGCCUCCAGUGACAUCAAAGCUGCCCUGGACAAGUCUGCCCCUUGCCGCCGCUCCGUGGACCACAGAAAGUACCUGCAGAAACAGCUCAAGCGGUUUUCUCAGAAAUAUUCCCGGCUGCCAAGAUGCUAUCCCAAUAGAUCGGGGAAUCUCACCCAAAAAGGGUGGCCUGAGGAUAGCCGUUGUCGCACCCCCUCUAAUGGCAGCACAGAGAAGGGCCCAGGAAUUCCCCGGGGAUGGAAGAGAAUUUUCUUGAAGAGCAAGUCCUGCAAAGAACAAAUCCCAGAGGCCUCAAGGCCAGACAAGUAACCCAUGCGAAAAAGACAGCUGCCUGCUUCCUUCUGGGAAGAACCCGGCCCUGCCAAAGCUACUCUGGAGGGCUAGAUGGGCUUUUCAAAGCCGUAGGGAGGUUCCUGCUUAUGCGGGGAAAAAAAGCAAAAAAGAGGAACUGAGACCUUGGGUUCAGAGGACUGCACUGUAUCUGCUUCUCCCAGGGCAGAGAAGGAAUCCCCCAAGGUCCCUUCAGCCUCCCUCAUGGGCCGAAUGAGUGCCUGGAGUUGUUGUCCAUUCCAGUACCAUGGACAACCCAUCUACCAGAGCCCAGGAGGUCUGCCUCAGUCUCCUGUGCCAGGCCUGGGGCUUGGAGCGAAAAAGGCCAUCUUACCCAGGGGAAAUGGGCCCAUUUCUGCAAGGAGCCUGGCAGGCCCGAGCCAGAAAGUUUACAGACCAGUGGUCUUGAAGCCCAUCCCCACCAAGCCAGGGGUUCCUCCUCCCAUUUUUAAUGUUUUCAGCUAUAUCUAGCCCCAGGUGAGUGACCCUUGGAAAGCACUGGACCCCUAUUUAGUGAAGGUACCUUCUACCAGAUCUCUGGAUUCUUGGAGAGGAAAGCUUCCCACCCCAUCCCCUGUAGGGGAGAUGGCCUAGAAAGGCCAGGAGAAACACUGAAAGGAUUGACUUCUGCAUAUUACAGAAAAGCACAUUCAGAGGCUCAAUGGUGGUAUUUAAGUAAUUAUUGUCAUGCGAGGGAAUGGGGAGGGGAAGGGAGGGGUUGAAGGCUAUUUUCCCAGUCAGCAUCAAUGAGAUCUGGAGCCAAGGUUGAUCAACCAGUCAGCAAGUCAGAAGACAAUUGUGAACCAGAUAACUCCAUCUGUACUGUAAACAGCCGUUCUAGCAGCUGGGGUGGGAGGGCAGCUAACUUUUAUCUGAUAGAUUGCUCAUGGAAGCAAUAUCCUCUUCGUUUGCCAAGAAUUUGUAAGCCAGUCUCAUUUUUUUUUCUUCCUUGUAAAAUAUCAAGGGUUUAAAGAAUAAAGCAAAGUAAUUUUUUAGUUUCUA